CGCCCACCGCUGCUCCCCCGCCGCCAUCUUGUGCCCGCCUGAGGGGCUCGAGAAAGCAGCGAGCGAGAAUUAUUUCGCUUUUUUUCCCUGCGACAUGGCUGCGGUGCCAUCGAAGAAAUCCCAAAAGACGAUAGAAAGGGAUCCUUUCCCUCGGAAAAUCCGUAUUGAAACUGAAAGAGAUGCUGCAAAAAGAUGGGCUGAGAAAUGGGGAUUUUUGAAGACACCUCUUGAAGAGUUGCUUGGACCUGAAAAGAAAGAAGCUGCAAAGCCCAAGCUACAGCUUCCAGAUCACCUGCAGGUUCGACCUGUGACACCUGUGGAAAAAUACAUUAAGGUGCUUCCAUCUCCUCCAGUACCUAAAACAACCCAGGGAUUAAUUGGCUGGAGAUCAAGUGUUCCAGCACUGGCUCUUGAGCACGAUUAUCAAGUCCAAAGCUCCAAAGGAUCUAUCAUUAGAAUGAAGUGACCAUGUGAGUCUUCUAAGUGACAUUAUGAAAUAAAGAGGCACAAAGAUUCAUUCCUAAGGAAA